GCCAUAUAUGCACCUUAUCCUGUGUCUGCUCCUAUUUUAUCCCACUUUGCUCAUUGCCUGCUUCCGUUUCUCAAUUGGAGGGGAACAUAGAGGAGCAAAAGAGACGCUUAUCAAUGGCUAUGUCGGUACAAUGCGCCGCUUCAUCUUCACUAUUGCUAACUGAAUCCUCUCAGAAACCCUUUUCCUCUUCUUUGAAGAAAACCCCAUUUCUCGGAUUCUCGCUUGUCGCUGCAUCCAAGCCGUCCAGUUCCGUCCUUAAAGCCAAUAGAACUACCAAAAUUUCCUGCCAAGAUAAAACUGUCUCGGUCCCAGUCGACCAGCGCUGGAUGUUUGAAGAUACCGGAUUCAAUGGCCCGGAUGUUUGGAAUAAAACAUGGUAUCCCAAAGCUGCAGAUCAUGUUAAUACAGACAAACCAUGGUAUGUGGUAGAUGCAUCUGACAAGAUUCUUGGGAGAUUGGCAUCAACAAUUGCUAUUUAUAUUAGAGGGAAAAAUCUUGCUACCUUCACUCCUAGUGUAGACAUGGGGGCCUUUGUCAUAGUGGUUAAUGCCGAGAAAGUUGCUGUGUCUGGGAAAAAGAGGACUCAGAAACUAUAUAGGAGGCACUCAGGGAGACCGGGUGGGAUGAAAGUUGAAACAUUUGAUCAGCUUCAGAAAAGAAUACCUGAAAGAAUUAUUGAGCAUGCUGUCCGAGGAAUGCUUCCGAAAGGGAGGCUUGGCAGAGCUUUAUUCAACCACCUUAAGGUGUACACUGGUCCAUCCCAUCCCCACGAGGCACAGAAACCCGUUGAGUUGCCAAUAAGGGACAAGAGGAUAACGAAGCAAAACUAGUUAUCAUUUCAUCGUUUCCACUAGUAGCAUUUUUAUGUUUUUUCUUCCUUCCGGUUCCUUUUUUUGGCUAAGGCCCUUGAUUGUUAUCGUGUUUCACAGUGAGCCCCUGUGUGAAAUUCAUUUGUGCAGCUCCAGAAGGUUAUAUAUUGUAGGGUUCUGUUGUUUAAGAGAUUACUUUAAAGCCUGGAAUCAAUGAGGAAGAGUAUAUAUGUAUAUAUCUUGUUUUGAUGUUCAACAAUCAAACUGGGUGUGAAAAUGAUGCAGGCCUUUUGACCCUU